AUGAAAGGCCUGGCAUACUUCGCAGUCAUUGCCUCGGUGCAGGCUUCAAAAUUUGCGCACCAGUCCCUCCAUCGUGGGGCUACCAGUAGUCCGAGCUGUAACACCUACACAGUGAAGGAUGGAGAUACUUGUGCAAAAAUUGGCAAGUCGAGUGGAGCCACAUGGGCGCAGUUGCUCUCAUGGAACCCCGAUAUCAACCGCGAGUGCUCGAACCUCGGUGACUUCUCUGGUAAGGAUAUUUGCAUCAGCAAUCCUGCGGGAGACUAUGCAAUUCCUGUCCCUAGUUCCACAACCUCAAGCAGUGCAACCGGCUCGCAGAGCAUUAUCACCACGACUGCGUAUGUCGUCUGA